UGCAGCAUAUUGACUUAAUUGGCUGACACAUGGUUUGACCGUUAAUAUGGACGGUCAACACUUCAUGUCAUUGCCUUGUCUUGUCAGUUUAAAAAUCUAAAAAAAAAAAAAUCAAAUUAUUUUUCUAAUUUCUCUUAUUUAUCAUUUUCAAAUUUUUUAAAAAAUUGAUAAUUUUUGGUUAAUUUAUAAAAUUUAUCAUUUUCAAAUCAUCGAAAAAAAAUAUUUUUUUAUAUUUAUUAUUUUUUAAUAAUUUGAUAAUGAUAAAUAAUAGAAAUUAGCAAAAUAAUUUGAAUUUGAAAUUUUUAAUAAUUUUUAGGCUGACGAGGCAAUGACAUGGCGUGUUGACUAAUGAUCAACAGUAUUUACCGUCCAAAUUGACGGUCAAACUAUGUGUCGGGCCAAUUGAGUUUAUAUGUUGUAUAGUUGAGGCCAGGAUGUUAAUUUCUGAAACUACGGACCAAAAUUAAUCAUAUGAUCAUAGUUCGGGGCAAAAUAAGGUAUUAACCUAAAUAAUGAGAUGUGCUAUUUGCCAUUCUAAAAAUUUGAAAUUUACAUUUGACCAUCGUCUCCUCCAUCUAUCUCUUACUCAUAGGAUAGCAAAGAAGAUCCAAAAUUUGGUUAUUUCUCAACCUCAAUUUAUUAUUGGUUAAAUCAAAUUUGAGUUUUAUUAUUUUGGAUAUAACCAUACCAAACCAUAUCCAAACUUUUAGUUUGUGUCUAAAUUAAAUGUAUUGAUACACGCUUAAUCAUACAUCCAAACCGUGAGUUUCAGGCAUGAUGGCAGAAGCACUUAUGAAAGUCACUUCACGGUUGUGACUUUGUCUCUAUUGCGGUAUAAAUCGGUUUUUUACGAAUUCUGAAGGGGAGUUGAAUUUUAGGAUCCAAACACCCAAGAGACAAAUCCUAAAUAGAGAGACCGAUACAUUGAUGAUCUUGGAGCGAAAUUGGAGGAUAUAUUCACCAUCAUAGCUCAAUAAUCAAGGUUGGAAGUGAAGGUUGAGGAUUAAGAGCAGAUUUAUGUAUUUUUUUCCUCGCUAUAGAGUAAACUUCAUUUCACUUGGGUUUGAGGAACUCUUGUUAAGUUUGUUUGAUUUAACGAUUGUAUUGUCACUCUUACUUGUUAAACUUGCGUUCAUAUUCAAUGUAACACCUUAGUCAAAUCCCACAACGUCAAAUCAUGAGAGAUAUCCAUGUUUUAUAAAUAAAAAAUUGGCCUUAAUUGACAAUAUGCCUUUUGGGGUGAAAUAGAGUUCUUGUGAAAACUCCAAAGUUAAACUUGCUCAGUGUGGAGUACAACAAGGAUGUGUGAGCUUAUGGGAAGUCACCUUGAAUUGCACCCGAAGCAAAAACCAUGAGGGUCGAGACCCAAAGUUGACAAUAUCUUCGUCAGGAAAAGGUUCGGGAUGUUACGUCCAAUCUAUGCAUGUUUUAUGAAUCAAUUUUGCUUUAAUCAAGAUAAUUGAUUUAUGAUUUGACCUGGCUUCUUCUAUGCUCUACUAGAGUCGUCGAUCCGUAGAUGAUUGUCACCCGCGUUUGCUGAACAUCGAUCUCAGCUUCGUCGCGCUUCCUUCCUCCUCCUCGCCUCUGUUUUUGUCAUUUCUACCGUCAUCAUAUUUUGGGUCCUCGAUUUGGACGAUAUGCAGAGUCCCGACGAAGGAGGCCACCACCUAGAUCUUUAAGUCCCAACGAAGGAGACUUGGGUUCUGACCUUUUGGCCAGAGAUUGACAUUAGAGGGAGGCGACUUAGAUUUUCUCCAGGAGAUAGAAAGUUGUCGGGAGAAAGUAAUGGUGGUCGAAGGUGGGAUAUACUGCUGGGGAAGAGAUGGUUAGAGAUGAAGACGAGUUUAGGGAAGAAGUAAAGACAAGUUUGGAAGAAGAUAGAAAAAAAAGUGUGGGAUUUCAAAUGAGCUAUCCACGGUUACCCGUUAUCCAUCCCAUAUAGGUAACGGGUACCCACUAACCAUGAACCCAUACAAAUUUGGGAUGAGGGGUGUAAUUUUCUGUUGAAACGGUAUUGGGUACCCAUUUGAAACGAGACGGUUACCCAAUUUCGUCCCGUUGCCACCCCAAACCGGUACAAAGCUAGCAACAACAAUAUUUGUUUCCUAAACUGCCCUUGUUAAAUCUCAGUUGGCACUCUUAACUUGUUGCAGCCUGAUCCAUGAUAUUCCCUUGCUGUUCUUGUGAGGCCUAAAUCCAUCAAUCAAGUCCUGGGUCAUACCCAAACCGAGCCGGGCCGAGCCAGUCCGGUUGCCAAAAGUGAAAAGACCAAAUCUCUGGCUCCGCCUCUAACCGAAGAACACUGAACUUGUGAUAGCAAUCAGAACAGAAGAACACACCUCUUUACUCUCUCCCUCUCCCUCCCAUCUUUCCAACUCCGUCCGCCUCCUCGCUGUCUCGUCCUUUUGCUCACUCUCUCAGUCUCCGAAGGAUUUCUUCUUCUUCUUCUUCUUCUUCUUCUUCUGUAAAGCUUCGACGCCAAGUCCACGGAAUUAAGCUUCCAGUAUUGCCCCCCUCUUGCCUGUCCUCGCUAGGGUUUUCUCUGUGCAGGAAACCCUAAAAUAGAAAAGGCAGAAGAAAAAAAACCCCCUGAAAAUUACAUAACCACUCCACUCCCUCCUUGAACAGAAACCGUGCUCGAAUCCGCUCUGCGUGGCAUGGAAAAUGAGGUGCUAGAAUUCGAUAUAGGUUUAGGAAGUGUGAAUGGCAGAAGCGACGGAGACGAUGAUGAUCCCAUUGACAUCGACAACCCUCUCGACGACGACGACGAUGACAUGGGCGCCGAUAGCUCCGCCGCUGCCGCGGCCUCCGGUUUCGAGAUUUAUCUCCCUGACGGGGACCUUCUCGACCUCGAGCCUUACGAGGGCAUGGAAUUCGAGUCCGAGGAAGCCUCGAAGGCCUUCUACAACUCGUACGCCAGGCGGGUCGGGUUCAGUACCCGGGUCAGCUCUUCCCGUCGUUCCAGGCGCGAUGGAGCCAUUAUACAGAGGCAGUUUGUUUGCGCCAAAGAGGGUUUCAGGAAUCACAACGAGAAGCGGACCAAAGACAGAGAAAUCAAGCGCCCACGCAUGAUCACCAGGGUUGGCUGCAAAGCCUCACUCUCCGUCAAAAUGCAGGAUUCAGGGCAGUGGGUUGUCUCCGGUUUCGUGAGAGAGCACAACCAUGAGCUUGUCCCUCCCGAUCAGGUCCACUGCCUCCGCUCGCAUCGCCAAAUCUCUGGCUCUGCCAAGACUCUCAUUGAUACCUUGCAGGCAGCAGGAAUGGGGCCUCGCAGGAUUAUGUCGGCGUUGAUUAAAGAGUAUGGUGGGAUCAGCAAAGUUGGCUUCACUGAAGUGGAUUGCAGGAAUUACAUGCGCAACAAUCGACAGAGGAGCAUGGAAGGUGACAUACAGCUCCUGAUAGAUUAUUUAAGGCAGAAAAAUUCAGAGAAUCCCAAUUUCUUUUACGCUGUUCAGUGCGAGGAUGAUCAGUUUACCGGAAAUGUGCUGUGGGCUGAUCCAAAAGCCAGGUCGGACUUCGCCUAUUUUGGGGACACUGUCACCUUUGACACAACUUAUAGGUCCAACAGGUAUCGCCUACCUUUUGCGCCAUUCACAGGUGUAAACCAUCACGGGCAACCCGUGUUAUUUGGCUGUGCUUUCAUAAUGAGUGAAACUGAAGCAUCGUUUGUUUGGUUGUUCAACACUUGGCUCGCGGCAGUGUCUGGCCACCACCCGGUGUCCAUUACCACUGAUCAUGAUGUGGUGUUAAGGUCAGCUGUGAUGCAGGUCUUCCCAGAGACCCGGCAUAGGUUUUGCAAAUGGCAUAUUUUUAAAAAGUGUCAGGAAAAGCUCUCUCAUGUGUUCUUGAAGCAUCCGACUUUUGAGGUAGACUUCCAUAAAUGUGUUAACUUGACUGAGUCGGUUGAGGAAUUCGAAUCUUGCUGGUUUUCCCUUGUUGAUAGAUAUGAGCUCAGGGAUCAUGACUGGCUGCAAGCUAUUUACUCUGAUCGCAAGCAGUGGGUGCCCGUUUAUUUAAGGGACACAUUCUUUGCCGAGAUGUCGAUAACCCAGCGAAGUGAUAGUAUGAAUUCUUACUUUGAUGGUUAUAUUAAUGCUUCAACCAAUCUGCAACAUUUCUUUAAGCUCUACGAGAAAGCUCUGGAGAGUAGGAACGAGAAAGAAGUAAGAGCUGAUUAUGAUACAAUGAACACUUUGCCAGCAUUGAAGACUCCAUCUCCUAUGGAGAAACAGGCAUCCGAGCUUUACACCAGGAAACUGUUUUCAAGAUUUCAGGAAGAGCUGUUUGAGACACUAACUUUUAUGGCAUCCAAAGUAGAUGAUGGUGACGAGGACAGCAUUACUUAUCAAGUUUCCAAGUUUGGGGAGGAUAACAAACCUUACUAUGUGAAAUUCAAUGUCUUGAAGAUGAGAGCAGCUUGUAGUUGCCAGAUGUUUGAGUUUUCUGGUCUCCUUUGCAGACAUAUCUUGGCAGUAUUUAGAGUCACCAAUGUGCUUACCCUGCCUUCUCAUUACAUUUUGCGCCGAUGGACAAGAAAUGCCAGGAGCAGUGUUGUGAUCGAAGAGUCUUCUGCAGAUGUAUAUACCAACUACUUGGAGUCUCAAACUGUUCGAUAUAAUACCCUUCGCCAUGAAGCAUUCAGAUUUGUUGAUGAAGUAAUGAAGUCUUCUGCAGACUCUUAUGAUGUAGCGUUGACUGCUUUGAAAGAAGCUGCGAAAGAAGUUCUAAAUGCUGUCAAGAAUGAUGGGAGGUCAUCAGCCUUUUCAAAUGGUCGGAAUAAGGUGGCAUCCACUGGUGACAAGGGCACAGAAAAGAUUAGCAGUGGUACCCGAGUGCGGAUAUCAGGCCAAACUUUGUCAGAGGAUGACAUGGACAAGAAGAUCCAACAACUGAGGAACGAAGUGGAGCGAGCCAGUCGAAAGUGUGAAGUAUAUAGGGCUAACUUGCUGUCGGUUUUGAAGGACAUAGAGGAUCAUAAACUUCAACUGUCAAUUAACGUACAGAACAUUAAAAUCAGUAUGAAAGACAACUUAUAAAUUGUAGCUGCUUGGCUGCGAAUUCUAUAUUGCAGAUGCUGUACAGUUCUUGCAUCUUUUUGGUAUCCUUUCCCCUUCCCGUGUUGAUUUUAGUCUCCGGUUUGAAUCGCUUGCCUGUGUCUGUGUGAUGUUAGUAUGAUUUCUCGUAGUUUUUUUAUUAUUGCAAUGGGUGGGUUCCUAUAUAGGAAAUUGGAUCUCCUCCACAUUUGGCCGUGUAUGGAAACCCAUAGUCUGUGCUCUCGGAUCCUCCUUAUGGGCUAAGAUCAGGUGACUAAAGGGGUCCCUUAGUCAUGUGUCGACUAAGUGAAUCUCAGCUAGGGAUGAUUGUUCAGUUAUCCGUUAACCAGCCGGUUAAACUGAUAAUCGGCCGGUUAUUCACUAACUGGUAACCGAACUAACCGAACUUUGGUCGGUUAUCGGAGGCUGGACGAAAUGGUUUUUUGUCUUAAAAGUGGUUCGGUUAAUUGAUAAUCGAGACAUCAAAGUCUAUUUCGGGCGAUUUUCGGUAGGGAGAGUGAUUAUUUCGGUUAACCGAUAACCGACCAAUUGGUUACCGGUUAUAACCGAACUGCCACCCCUAAUCUCAGCCAUUUCACCUCAUUAAAAUCCAAUAGUCCUGAUUAAUCCUAUUUAAUGAAGGGUAAUGUAGUAAUUUAAUUUUUUAUUUACCAUUUACCAAUUAAAAUAAAUAAAAAUACAGCCCGCGCCUGCCGAUCCGUUUCCUUCUCCGGCGGCCUGGGUAUUUUUUCCAGAAAGUUUCGACCCAUUCCCGCCGGCCAAUCCUUCUCUCCGGUUGCGUGGAAAUAAUUCGCCGGACCACUUUUCCCAAGGGGGGAGAGAGAGAGAGAGAGAGAGAGAGAGAGAGAGAGAGAGAGAGAGAGAGAGAGAGAGAGAGAGAGAGAGAGAGAUUUAUGAUGUUUGCUGACCUAUUUUGUAAUGUUUGUAUAGAUUCGGUUUGUAUUGUUUGUCAUUUUUAGUGACAUUUUGUACGAUUAGUAUGCUUUGUACUGUUUGUCGGUUUAUUUUGUAAUGUUUGUACGCUUUGUUAUUUUGUAAUGUUUGUCGUUUUUUUGUAAUGUUUGUAAACUUCGUUAUUUUUGUGCACCAUGUUUAUCAUUUUUGUCAACUAUGUUUGUAAUGUUUUUUAUGUCUAAAAAACAACCUAGUUGACUUUUGGAUGAAACUCAUCUAUAUAGGGAUGGAGCCUCCAAAGUCAACCCGAGUGUUUUUUCGAGUUCGUAUGGAUUGUCGGUCUAGUUUGUCAUUUUUGUUCACCAUGUUCGUAAUGUUUGUAUGUCUAAAAAACAACCGGGUUGACUUUGAGACGGAGCCCUCUAUAUAGGGAUGAAGCCUCCAAAGUCAACCCGGGUGUUUUCCAGUUUGUAUGAAUUUUUGGUCUAGUUUGACAUUUUUGUCCACCAUGUUUGUAUGUCUAAAAAACACCCGGGUUGACUUUGGGAAGGAGCCCCUCUAUAUAGGGAUAAAGCAUCCAAAGUCAACCUGGUUGUUUUUUCUUUUUGUAUGGGUUGUAUUGUUUGUCGGUCUAGUUUGUAUUUUUUGUACAGUUCAUAUGUUUGUAAUGUUUGUAAAUCUGUUUGUAUGUUUUGUCGCUCUAGUUUGUACUGUUCGUAUGUUUGUAUGGUUUAUACUGAUUGUAAGUCCGGUUUGUAUAUUUCGUAAUUUUCCAUAAUACCCAAACUACCUCUGUCAUUAAUUAAAUAGCACUUCCCACUUUUUAACCAUCAGAUUGCUAUAUCUAAAUCUAAAGAUUGGGAGGGGUUAGUCAAGUGACUAAGCACCCCCUUAGUCACUGGAUCCUCUCUCUCCUCCUUAUAGUUAACCGGUUGUUGUUGGUGGUCUGCAAUUAUAUGAUCUUCUACCUUGGUUUCUUGUUUUAUUCUAGUCCUCCUUAAGCCUUGUAAGGUUCUCUCAAUAUCAGUAUCCAAAGGGAAUGAGAUGAUCAAUUCCCCUAGGGUGCAUGCACAAGAACUACACACAAUUAAACUUGGUAACGAGUGGAGACUUUGAUUGGUACCAUUUAUAUUCAACACUAUCUAGGACAAGUAGAACCUAAAUUUUUUAAAAAUCACAAGUUGGCAAGUUAAUAUAAAAAUGUCACGUCAGCGUAUUUCAUUAGAUUUGUCACAAAAACAAAGGUCCAUGUUUUAGUUACAUAUCUAUAUUGUCUAAGCUAAAUCACACAUACAAUUUGAUAUUUAAUGUUUGAAUAAAUGUUACUUAAGUUCUGAUUUCGAAAUUAAUCUCUUUCUAUAAGAUAUAAAUAACUUCACGUAAAAUAUAUAAAUAUGAAAGCCUCAACACCAAACAUGUUUCUAGAGUUUAAUCAAAGAAAUAGCAAUAAAUACAAUGUGACAUU